CUCACCGGCCCAGUACUAGGCGCCGGACCCAUCCUCUCCCCUGCUGCUGCCUCCCGCCGCCUCCCCCUUCCUCCUCUGGAUAUCGACGCCGCCGGCCAUCCCUCGGCCUCUUCUGGACACAAACGCCGGUGCUCUCCUUUCCUACAGCCUACGUUAUGCAAACAGGGCCAACUACUGCUGCGUCAGGGUCUGCUUAUGCAGAAUUUGGGAAGACAAAGGUCAUUGUGUUAGUGUUUGGCCCAAGGGAGAGCAAGAAAGCAAUGUUGUACAGUGACACUGGUAGGCUCAAUUGCAGUGUGAGCUAUACAACAUUUGCCACUGGUAUACGUGGACAUGGGUUGAAAAUAAAGAUUGAUAGCAUGCAUCUUUGAGUCUUGCCAAGCCUGGUUUCCCAUCAGUUGCGUCUCCUCCAGCUUUCGGUUGGACCAUUCUCUCCUCUGGUCUAAUCUCAUCAAUCUUUUGAUUGAUCCUCCCUUCAGAAUAGUUUUCAUAACGUGAGCUCUCCUACUCUGCUCACACUGCAAUCUUCUGAAGCUCUCUUCUCUGGUUCUUGUUUGCUCUCUUGAGAGCUCCUCUCUCCUUAAGUUUGGUUGACCUGUGGCCUUGAAUUCUGUCUUUUGAGGACCGAAGCAUUCAACUUUCUGGCCAAACUUGAUAUUUUCCUGAUUUACUGGUAUUGUUAAUUGCAUAAUCUGGUGAAGCAAUUCUGGUUGUGUUUCACCUCUUGUGUUCUUCUGUUGAUACUGAGCACAAGACACCCACUGCAGUGAUGGCUCAAACUUGCCUGCCACCUGGCUUUCGUUUCCAUCCAACAGAUGUUGAGCUUGUUUCUUACUACUUGAAAAGGAAGAUUAUGGGGAAGAAACUUUUUGUUGAAGCUAUCUCAGAGGUUGAGCUGUACAAAUUUGCUCCUUGGGACCUUCCUGAUAAAUCCUGUCUCCAGAGCAAAGAUCUUGAGUGGUUCUUCUUUUGCCCCCGUGACAAAAAAUAUCCUAAAGGGUCUAGGACGAACCGUGCCACACCAAAUGGUUAUUGGAAAACAAGUGGAAAAGACAGAACAAUUAAGCUGAACUCUCGCAUUGUUGGGUUGAAGAAGACAUUGAUUUUUCAUGAAGGCAAGGCACCCAAAGGCAACAUGACAGAUUGGGUGAUGUAUGAAUACAAAAUGGAAGAUGAAACUUUGGAUGUUGCUGGUUUCUCAAAGGAUGCUUAUGUGCUCUGCAAUAUAUUUAAAAAGAGUGGGCUUGGCCCAAGGAUUGGUGAGCAAUAUGGGGCUCCUUUUGAUGAAAAUGAAUGGGAGAAUUUGGAUGUUGGAAGUUCUAUCUUCUCUUUUGCACCCUCGUCCGGUGUAGAGGAUCCACAAGUCGAAAGUUCUGCCUUGGCUACUGCAGUUAUUCAGGAACCAUUCGCGCCUCAGCAGUCUGUUCAAUUUUCUGAACAUGUUAAUAUCUGUUCUAAUGAGGACAAUAAUGCGCCUCCUGAAAUUGAUGGAAUUUGGUUGGAAGAACUGGCAAUGUUUUUUAAUGAUUCUCCCAACCAUGACAUAGCUUUGCCACAGAAUUCUGGUCUCCCUCCAAUGUCUGAGCUUGAGGCUCAAGCUUUUAAGAUGAAUACUGCUGAGCUCUAUGAUCAAUUAGCAGGACUUGCCCAGUCAGGGGAUAUGUCUAAUGUAAACUUCCCUGCUGGCGACGUGGGUGUUACUGAAAACGAUUUCCAGCAAUCAAACUCUGGAUUUCCGGGCGCCGGAUGUAGUUGGCGAUUUGCUCUGUUCUGCUUCCCUUGGCGGCUUAGGGUGGGCUGCUGGUUAGGGUUUGCAAGCUGAUGUCAGGCGUUGAAAGGGUCCGGGACAUGUUCCCUUCCUGAUUGGUUCAAGAUUAUAUUUUUGGGCUCAGCAAAGCGAACUAAACCAUCGGUUCUUGGCAUUUGCUUAGUUUUCCUCUCGAUAUAUUACCAGCUUCUUGUAAUGGCUUAGAGAAGGGCUGGAAAACAUCUAGCUACAGGGAAGGGCGUUUGCUAAACAGAAAUUCCUUUUAGAUUGUUAUAAAUUUCAGUUUAGACCAAAUGUUAUAAAAACCUGACAUGUUAUUGUGGCAACCAUUGUGAUAGACAAAUCAAUUUGGAUAAUCAAAACAUUAAACUUA